AAAUCUGCAUUUCGUAACACUAAGAGAUAUUACUCUGCGAGGAAAAUUGUACAAGACAGACUCAAUUCAACUCGUUCCCAAAUUAGUUGUCUCACCUCAAAUGGAUGCUACUCCUAAAGUUUACUGUGUUGGAACGGCUGACACUAAGCUCGACGAGCUCCGAUUCCUGUCUGACUCAGUUCGAUCCUCUCUCACCACCUUUUCUAACUCCUCUUCCUCCAAGGUAGAAGUUGUGAUAGUCGAUGUUUCCGCUGGUCAAAAGGAAACCGAGAGAUUAAGUGAUUUCAAGUUUGUGACGAGAAAGGAACUUCUUUUAUGCUAUUCUGAAUCAGUUGGGGGAAACCCAAUUGUGCUUCCAGAUGAUAGAGGUGAAGCUGUUGGUGUUAUGAGCAAGGCACUGCAACAUUUCAUUAACAAAACUCGGGCUGAUGGUGGUGUUGCUGGAGCCAUUGGCCUUGGAGGCACCGGAGGCACAUCUUUGUUAUCAUCACCAUUUAGAUCUCUUCCUCUCGGCGUUCCGAAGCUCAUUGUAUCGACUGUAGCUAGUGGUCGAACCGAACCUUAUGUUAAAACAUCGGAUUUGGUAUUGUUUCCGUCGAUCGUCGAUAUCUGUGGGAUUAAUAGUGUUAGUACAGUUGUGUUAUCAAAUGCUGGUGCUGCUUUUGCUGGAAUGGUGAUUGGAAGGCUUGAGAUGCUCCAACAGCGUUGUAAUGAAGGUAAAAAAGGCACUGUGGGUAUAACUAUGUAUGGGGUCACGACUCCAUGUGUUAAUGCUGUGAAUCAAAGAUUGCAGAAGGAAGGUUAUGAAACCCUCAUUUUCCAUGCCACUGGAGUAGGUGGCAAGGCCAUGGAAUCACUAGUUAGAGAAGGAUAUAUACAGGGAGUUUUGGACAUUACAACCACAGAGGUUGCAGAUUACGUAGUUGGGGGUGUGAUGGCUUGCGACAGUUCUCGUUUUGAUGUAAUUAUAGAGAAAAAGAUCCCUUUCGUCGUCAGCGUAGGAGCCUUAGAUAUUGUGGCAUUUGGACCUAAAGAUACCAUACCAUCUAAUUUUCAGCAAAGAAAGAUUCACAUUCACAAUGCUCAGAUACUUCUCAUGAGAACCACAGUCGACGAGAACAAGAAAUUCGCCUGCUUUAUAGCUGAUAAAAUGAACAAGUCUUCGUCAAAGAUCUGUGUUUGCCUGCCACAAAAGGGUGUUUCAGCAUUGGAUGCUUCCGAGAGGCCCUUCUAUGAUCCCGAGGCUACCGGUGCCCUUUUAAACGAACUGCAGAGACUCAUUCAGAUAAACAAUGACCGGCAGGUAAAGAUGUAUCCUUACCAUAUCAAUGACCCCGAGUUUGCGAAAGCAUUGGUUGACUCGUUUAUGGAGAUUUGGUCGAAGAGUCCUGCAGAUUCUAGUCUCCCUCAGGUUUCUUCUUGCGAGUCCAACCAGGGCCUUCAUCUUCACAAGGAUGAAAACUAAGAUUGAUUUCUCAGCAUUGAAACAUUGUAUCAAAUGGUAACAUGUCCGUAUCAUA